AUGGCACUUAUCAAUCAAGAGCAAGCAGCAGAACAUUACGCGGCAGCCGAGACUCAUAUGGCGGGUUUGAAGAAGAUAGUGGACCUUCGUGGUGGGCUGGAGAAUAUCGAAGAUGGAAUUGUUGCUGUCAAGAUUUGCCGGACUGAUAUCCUCUUCGCCAUGCAACAAGGUGGACACCCACUGUUUUAUCGAGACCAUAUGGUUCAUAUAAAAAGGAUCUUGUCGUCUCGGGGCUUCACCUUGGAGAGUAGCUCGGAUGCAUACUCCCUCCGCCAUAGCCGACUUGACUCAGCCCUCCAAGAAGCAUCAUUCGACGCCAUGGGAUUGUGCAGACUCUUCAACAAGCACAUGGAUGAGAAGCCUCUAAAUCUACUUGAAUUUCAAGAAGUUUUGAUAUCCAUCUGCUAUCGACUGCUCCGAUUUUGUACGAUUGGUGAAUCCAGGCUCAAGCACGAUAUUCAGUCUGCCUACCAUAUCGGAUUAUCCCUAUUUAUGAUCUCGAUCUACUUUCAUAACAAGCAGGAUCGCAUGACGAGACCAGGACUUAUCACAGCUCUUGUGAAGGAAGUCACUGAAUCUAUCUUGGAUGAUAGCGAAGAUGAAUUCACAUUCUGGCUUCUCAUCUUGGGAGGAAUCUCAGUUCCAAGAAACGAUGGUCGGGAGUGGAUGGUCGAGAAACUCCGAGACCUAGCUUCAAUGCUUGGCGUUAUGAACUGGGAACAAGCGAAGGAUUGUUUGGCCAUGUUUCCGUGGAUGAAUGCUAUCCAUGACGAACCAAGCCGGAAGUUAUGGGACCUAGUCUGCUUGGUAGACGGAUAAUCACUUCAUGGAGAUAAAGCUAAAAUGAAAGAAACCCGUUAACUCCG